CCAGGCCGGCGGCUCCGCCUGCUCCGUAGAUAGGCCUCGGGUUUGAGACCGGCGGGCGGUGGGCGCGGGAUGCUUGAGCCCCCUCUCUCUCCCCAGUGACAUCGUCUUUAAACCCUGCGUGGCAAUCCCUGACGCACCGCCGCGAUGCCCAGGGAAGACAGGGCGACCUGGAAGUCCAACUACUUCCUUAAGAUCAUCCAACUUCUGGAUGACUAUCCAAAAUGCUUCAUCGUGGGAGCAGACAACGUGGGCUCCAAGCAGAUGCAGCAGAUCCGCAUGUCCCUCCGCGGGAAGGCGGUGGUGCUGAUGGGCAAGAACACCAUGAUGCGCAAGGCCAUCCGAGGACACCUGGAGAACAACCCGGCUCUGGAGAAACUGCUGCCUCACAUCCGGGGGAAUGUGGGCUUUGUGUUCACCAAGGAGGACCUCACUGAGAUCCGGGACAUGCUGCUGGCCAAUAAGGUGCCAGCUGCUGCCCGUGCUGGUGCCAUUGCCCCGUGUGAAGUCACUGUGCCAGCCCAGAAUACUGGUCUCGGGCCAGAGAAGACCUCCUUCUUCCAGGCUCUGGGCAUCACCACUAAAAUCUCCAGGGGCACCAUUGAAAUCCUGAGUGACGUACAGCUGAUUAAGACUGGAGACAAAGUGGGAGCCAGCGAAGCCACACUGCUGAACAUGCUCAACAUCUCCCCCUUCUCCUUUGGGCUGAUCAUCCAGCAGGUGUUUGACAAUGGCAGCAUCUACAACCCGGAAGUGCUUGACAUCACAGAGGAAACUCUGCAUUCCCGCUUCCUGGAGGGGGUCCGCAACGUUGCCAGCGUGUGCCUUCACAUUGGUUACCCAACUGUUGCCUCAGUACCCCAUUCUAUCAUCAAUGGGUAUAAGCGAGUUCUGGCUUUGUCUGUGGAGACUGAUUACACCUUCCCACUUGCAGAAAAGGUCAAGGCCUUCUUGGCUGAUCCAUCUGCUUUCGUGGCUGCUGCCCCUGUGGCCGCUGCCACCACUGCUGCUCCCGCUGCUGCUGCAGCCCCAGCCAAGGUUGAAGCAAAGGAAGAGUCGGAGGAGUCGGACGAGGAUAUGGGAUUUGGUCUCUUUGAUUAAUUACCAAAAAGCAACCAGCUCAGCCAAUUCUAUUUGAGAAACAAGGAAAUAAAGCUUACUUAUCUUAAAAGUC